GGGAGGGGUUGCAGCGAGGGGGUUUGCCAGGCGGAGUCGAUUAGGUAGGUGGUAGCAGAUACUCACUGAACAAUCAAUCCAAUCCCCUUCACCAUGCCACCAUUCUCUAUUCGGCCCACGCCUGCAUUUCAUGUCUCUAGGUUGCGGCGACUUCACAAGGCUUAGCAAGCAAAGAUGAGAUGUUUAGCUCUUCUUCACUCCUUCGGAUCGGAUGCCCUCGUGAGAGACAGCUGCCGGCAAUAAUCAUGGCGGCCGCUGUCACGGACAGCUACCUGAACGAAGAUAUCUCGGGUCGACUCACGGCCGCGACGACCGUCAUCGUAAUACUCACCACUACUCUUCUAGCCCUACGCAUAUACGUGCGGAGCCUUGCCCAUGUCUCCAGCGGUUGGGACGAUAUCCUGCUGGCUCCUGCUUGGCUUCUUUGCCUGGGAGCAUGUAUAACAUGUUAUAUGGCCAUCACGCAUGGAGGUUCCGGUCGUCACGUCGAAGCCGUGAUGAUGGACAACUCCAAGAAGUUGAUCAUACGUGGGAAAUUGCUCUAUGCUCUCAGCUGGCUUACCGCUUUCGCGAAUACCUUCUCGCGGACCUCCAUCUUGGUCCUGUUCCGGCGCAUAUUCCCCCCGGGCAUCACGCGCAUCGUGACGGACCUCACCAUCGUCUACUUGAUCCUCUUCGUCCUCGCGCAGGCGAUUGUCGGGUUAACGGAAUGCCGCCCGCUGGCAUACUUCUGGGACCGCAGCAUCCCCGGCGGGUGGUGUGUGGAUCAAUUCCUCUUCUACCGAAUGUCUGGCCUGCUGAAUAUCGCUGGAGACGUGGUGAUCCUGAUUCUGCCCAUUCCGACCGUGUGGACGCUUCAUGCGUCCCUGGCCAGAAGAACCGGGAUUGCCAUGGUGUUUCUGUCGGGCAGCUGUGGCCUCAUCGCCUCGUGUGUCCGAACCUCCUAUUUUUUCACAGCCGCCAAACUGUCGAUGACCGACCCGACCUGGGCGGACAUCAAUCUAAUGACCUGGACGACCGUUGAAAGUGGUCUGUAUCUCUCGGCUGCCUGCAUGAUAGGACUGCGACCCUUGCUCAACCAAGUGGCGGGCUGGAUGACAAGGUCUCGCCUCGGGGUAUUCACAGCCAGAGGCACGAAGGCUCGGUCGCGGCGGAGCGAUCCAGAUGACGGAUCACAAUUGAUUUCGAAUAUGAAGCAAGACCAUAUCAACCUGGAGACCUUUGAUCGAGACCGAGAUACGGACGAGAGGUCAGCUAUAGGGAGUGGGGCGAAGCAGCCCUCUGUGGUGUAGGAGGAGCUCUAGCCAAGCAAGGGUGU